CAGACUUUGGAAUGGUGUCGAGAGUCCUUGCUGGUAUUGCUCGUGUUGCUUCCAUAACAGCCGAUGCUCUGAUAAAGAGACCUGCUGUUUCAAGGACUGUUGGUUUCCGUUCAUUUGGUUCCUCCUGUGCUGUUGCAUCAGACAAGCUAUUUGUGCAUCGCAAUACCAAGGUCAACAACCCUGACAUUCCCUUUGAGUUCACUCCUGCUGAAAUGAAGAGAGCACAGGAAAUCAUUGCCAAGUAUCCAGCCCAGUAUAAAAAAGGUGCAACCAUGCCUCUUUUAGAUCUUGCUCAGAGACAGCUUGGAUGGGUCAGCAUUUCUUCCAUGAAUUACAUUGCCAAGUUGCUAGAGAUGCCGCCUAUGCGUGUUUAUGAGGUUGCCACUUUUUACACCAUGUAUAACAGAGAUCCUGUUGGCAAAUAUUUCUUGCAGGUUUGCACUACUACGCCUUGUCAGCUAUGUGGAUCCGAUGCGAUCGUCAAGGCUGCUGAAGAAACUCUUGGCAUCAAACUUGGCGAAACCACUAGCGACAACAUGUUUACUUUGGUAGAGGUUGAAUGUGCUGGUGCAUGCGUCAAUGCUCCCGUCAUGGCUGUCAAUGAUGAUUAUUACGAGGAUCUGACAGUAGAUGCUACUAAAUCACUCCUAGAGUCUAUUAAAAAAGGUACUGUUCCCAAACCUGGACCAGUUUCUGGACGUAUGAACUGCGAGCCUCGCGCCGGAUUAACUUCUCUCACAACCAAACCAACCGGUCCUGGAUUUGGAGUGCGUGCAGAUCUGUAAUUCAAUUUUAAAGCAUCAACACAUUUACAAUGCAACUGUCCGAGUCUACGUUGUGUUUAAACUGAGCUCAUUCAAGUGGAUUUGCUGUUUUUAUUAAGAGGUAGAAACAAAAUAAAGGUUUUUGUGGUUGCUUU